AUGGAGGAGCUGCUGUUGCCGAGCGUAGAGGAGGAGACGCGGUCGGGCGACAGCGUGCCGUUCGCCCCGGAGCCCAGCGGGGGGCAGUCCGUGGGAGAGAGAGUCAAACGCUUCCUGCACGGUCCCGCCGCGCUGGAGCUGCGCAACACGCUCCGCAACUUCUGCCGCCGCAACGGGCUCCUCACGCUGUCCGUCAUCGCCGUGGCCACGGGCUGCACGCUCGGCUUCAUGCUGCGAGGAACACAGCUCAGCACGCAGGCAAAGAUCUACUUCUCGUUCCCUGGAGAGCUGCUGAUGAGGAUGCUCAAGAUGCUCAUCCUGCCCCUCAUCACCUCCAGUUUGAUGUCGGGCCUGUCGUCCAUGGAGUCCAAGGCGUGCUGUCGGAUGGGCGUGCUCACCGUCACGUAUUACCUGUGGACCACCUUCAUCGCGGUGGUCGUGGGCAUCGUCCUCGUUCUCAUCGUCAAACCGGGCGUCGGCACCGAGAUGGAGAGUAACCGCCUCGGGGGAGGGCCCGUGAUGACAUCUGCCGACGCCCUGCUCGACCUCAUCAGAAACAUGGUUCCCUCAAACCUGGUGGAGGCCACAUUUCAGCAGUACAAGACCGACCUGGUGCCCAUCCUCAAAGUGCCCACUCACACGGUGCAGCCCAGCUUCGUGUACGUGAUCCCGGACGAGAGCGACCCCAGUGGCCGCACCGUGUACCUGGAGCUGACCCCGCCCCCCGAGGUCCAGUACAAGACCAGUCCCGGGACCAGCCAACAGAUGAACGUGCUGGGCAUCGUCAUCUUCUCCGCCACCAUGGGUCUGCUGCUGGGUCGGAUGGGUGAGAGAGGAGCCCCGCUGGUCAACGUGUGUCAGUGCAUCAACGAGUGCGUCAUGAAGAUCAUCAACGCCGCCGUCUGGUACUUUCCGUUCGGGAUCAUCUUUCUGGUUGCGGGUAAGAUCCUGGACAUGGCUGACCCGAGCACUCUGGGGAAGAAGCUGGGCUGGUACGGGGUCACGGUCCUGGCCGGGCUCUUCGUCCACGGCCUCAUCCUGCUGCCGCUCUUCUACUUCAUCCUGACGCACAAGAACCCCUUUAAGUACAUCCGAGGUCUGCUGCAGGCCAUGGUGAUCGCACUCGCAACCUCCUCCAGCUCGGCGACUCUGCCCAUCACGAUGAAGUGUCUGCUGGAGAACUGCCGCGUGGACCGUCAGAUCGCUCGCUUCGUGCUGCCCGUCGGCGCCACCAUCAACAUGGACGGUACUGCGCUCUACGAGGCGGUGGCGGCCAUCUUUAUCGCCCAGGUCAACGACUACGAGCUCGACUUCGGACAGCUGGUCACCAUCAGUAUCACGGCGACGGCGGCGAGCAUCGGAGCGGCCGGGAUCCCUCAGGCCGGACUCGUUACCAUGGUGAUAGUCCUGACCUCUGUCGGACUUCCUCCUGAUGACAUCACUCUCAUCGUGGCCAUUGAUUGGAUUCUUGACCGGUUCCGGACGAUGAUAAACGUUCUGGGCGACGCUCUGGCUGCAGGGAUCAUCGCUCACCUGUGCAGGAAGGACUUCCCCCUGAGCGAGAGCGGGAAGGGUGUCCCUUCUUAUGGGACGGGGAAACCCCACAGUGUGAACGUCCCCAUGACGGAGCUGCACACUCACAGAGACUGUCUCUAUGACGACGACCUGACCCAGAGGCACACGGUCUAUUACAACAUCUGCCAGGUCUAGACCGGGACUACACCAG